UGUUGGCGAAAUGACUAAAUGAUACAUCACAUAGCGUGUGCUAACAAAGGGUUAAACUGAGGGCAUAAUUACCAAGACCCUACUCAACCAACGACCCGGAUCAGUUUCAUUGGCGAGGUUUCAACGGCCAACAUCGACACCAAGAAACAGCACAGACCCAGCUAUGGAUCCAGGGAAUACGACAAGCUGCAUGAAUUCGAGCGGGGAUUCCGGGGGCAUCCCCCACGGACCACCGGCCUACGUCGAACACCUGAAAAUCGCAAACCAAGUUGUGAUCGCUGUGACUUUCUCUAUCGUUCUUUUCGCCAUGGGGGCUUCGAUCACACCGCAGAAUUUCAAAAUUGUCCUUCGUCGACCGGUCGGCAUCGCAGUCGGAUUCGUCUCACAGUUCGCAGUGAUGCCUCUUCUUGCUUUCUGCUACGCCCUUGCCGUGGGCUUCGAGCAGACCAUAGCCCUGGGGUGUCUGAUCCUCGCUUGUUGUCCAGGGGGGAGUCUCUCCAACCUCUACACCUUCUGGACCGAUGGAGACCUGUGUCUCAGUAUCACUAUGACGACACUGUCGACCCUGCUAGCUAUCGGGAUGAUGCCCCUGAACCUCCUCAUCUAUUCCCGUCGAUGGACCGAUCAGAAUACAUCAAUGCCUUAUCUUGAUAUCUGUAUAUCCCUCAUCCUCAUCGUCGUACCCGUCGGGCUGGGUAUGGUACUUAGAUGGAAGAAGCCGCGUUGGGCGCUCCUUAUUGCAAAGCCGUGUAGCUUAAUCGGAUUCAUCGGUGUCGUAUGCAGUAUCAUCUUCGUGAGUAUCAUGAACCCACGGCUCUACAGCUCACAUUGGACCAUCUGGCUCGGAGCAAUCACCCUCUGUUGGUUCGGAUUCGCCCUCGGUUACCUCCUCUCAUUCAUCUUCCGUCAGACACACUCCCAGUGCCGGACCAUCGCAUUCGAGACCGGCAUCCAGAACGUCGGUCUCGCAUUCGCAAUCAUCGCCUUCUCCUUCGCCGGGAAUCCUAACAUGGUGCACAUGAUGACGUUCCCGGCGCUGUUCGGGCCGAUGAGUGUGGUGUCCGGGUUCGCCUGCACCGCGGCGUACAAACUGCAUCAGAAGGUCUACGGCUCGGAUGAGGUGGAGGAUAAAACGGACGGAGGAGGAGAAGAAGAGAGAGAUGGAGAAAAGGGCAAGGAAGUCAGAAUGAAGGAGAAAGAAGCUGAAGCGAGUAAACAAGGAACUGUUUAGAAUAUGAUCAUCUAAAAGGUUACAGAGGUAAUCGAUAUUAUGGAGAAUCUGAGGUGGACAAUAAUUUGUUCAUGGAGUAGCUAACGUUAAUGGGAACCGAAUUAUCCGGGACUCAAUCUCAGUUAGGGUAAUUAAAAAUAGGAUAGAACAAAAGAUACCACUAACUUUCACUGUGAAGUUAUUAUUACACAGUCACUUUAGAAACUGACGUAUUAGGCCCCAUAGUUUUUGGUCUAUCGCAAUAAUGCUGCAGUAUUUAAGUCUAGAUUUUCUUGUCAGGUGCCUUAAAUUAGACCGCUCGGCCACGCCACGGCACCUUCAUUUUACGUUUUAACCAAUGUCUGAACAUAAUCCCUGUUACGGUCAGUUCAAAUCAGGGUAACCAGAUUUGGGUCGUCAUGCCUCUGGCAUCAUGAGCCCCCAAAAUUGACGUAGCCAAACAUGGCGUGAGGGGGGUGUCUAACAAGCUGCGAGGAAGCUAAGCGACCGAGAAAAAAAAUAUUUUCUAUUCUAAAAUCUAAUUCCGUGUCAGAUUUGGAAAAGAAAUACAUUAUAUUUUACCAAUUCCUUUCACUUUUUUCUCUUUUUCAUUUUCUUAAUCCUGAUUUUAAGGCCCACCCCAUCUCUACGUCAGUUAGUCCUACAGUAAAUUAUGUACAUUGAAUAGAAUUUAACCUCCCUUGCCGGGCUGCCGCCCUAUUUUUAAAUGAUACAAAAAUUAAUGGCUUGAAGGAAAUGG